CUUCUCUUCAUUUCUCUGACCUCUGCUCAGAUCCGUUAUUCCAUUCAAGAGGAGUUAAAAGUCGGCACGACAGUUGGGAAUAUUGCUAAAGAUAUGGGGUUCGACAGAGGAACACUGGCUGUUCGGAAUCUCCGCAUUGUGUCGGGAACAAAACAAGAUCUGUUUCAGGUAAAUCAGAGAGAUGGCGCUUUGUUUGUGAAUCAGAGAAUAGACAGAGAGGAGCUGUGCGGUAAAAGCACUCCGUGCCUUGUGAGUCUGAAAGCUGUAAUAGAAAACCCUUUAGAAAUGCAUCACAUUACAGUAGAGAUAUUAGAUGUUAAUGACCACUCUCCUAGUUUCCCGAUUACAGAGAGUCGCCUUGAAAUCUCAGAGUCCGCCAUGCCAGGCGCUCGCUUCCAACUGGAAGGUGCACGGGACACAGACGUAGGUUUAAAUGCUUUACGUUUUUAUAAGCUAAGUCAAAACGAACAUUUCCGACUGGAGAUAGAGGAACUAAACGAGAAUACGAAGAUUCCAUUCUUGGUUUUGCAAAAAUCCCUUGACAGGGAAAUAGCUCAGUCACAUAUUCUGCAGCUGAUCGCUCUGGACGGAGGAAACCCACACAGAUCUGACACUCUGAACAUCACGGUUGUUGUUUUGGAUAUAAAUGAUAACGCGCCUGUUUGUAAUAAUCAGAAGUACACAGUCAUCCUAAAAGAAGGUGUUCCAAUUGGCACUUUCGUAGCUAAAGUUACAGCUGUAGACUUGGAUGAUGGGGUCAAUGGAGAGGUAACAUAUGCUUUUGGAACUAAAUUCAGCAGCCACGCGUCACAGCUAUUUGAUUUAGAUACAAAGAGUGGAGUGAUUAAAGUGAAAGGACAAAUCGAUUUUGAAGAAGAGCAAAUUUAUGAAAUUAAUGUACAAGCUUCAGAUAAAGGGUCAGUCCCCUUGUCCACGCACUGCAACGUCUUUGUGAAAGUCGAGGACGUGAACGACAACAAGCCAGAGAUUGAUGUCACCUCUCUGUCUAGUCGAAUUUCGGAGGGCUCGCCUCUUGGCACAGUGGUAGCGCUGAUGGGCGUGACCGACUUGGACUCGGGUGUAAACGGACAGGUAGUUUGUACGUUACCUGAGGACCUACCGUUUGAUCUGAAACCUUCCUCUGAAGGUAACUUCUAUUCUUUAGUGACUAAGAGCCCCUUAAACAGAGAGGCAGUUCCUCAGUAUGAUAUAACCAUCACAGCGAAAGAUCUCGGAACCCCCUCGUUAUCUAGUGUGAAAACAAUCAGAGUGGAGAUUUCAGAUAUUAACGAUAACAGCCCGGUGUUCUCUCAAGACCCGUACACCUUGUACUUACUGGAAAAUAACGCGCCUGGCGCGUCCAUAUUGACAGUCAGCGCCUCUGAUGCAGAUGAAGGAGAAAACGCGCUGGUUUCCUAUUCAUUUGGGCACGUGAGCGCAAGCUCGGGUCAGAGUGUGAUAUCCUUCUUAAAUAUCAAUCCUGAAAAUGGGAAUAUUUACGCGCUGAAAACCUUUGACUUUGAAACUCUGAAAACCUUUCAGUUCCAAGUGGUAGCUAACGACUCAGGAAGACCGUCACUAAGCAGCAACGUUACAGUGAAUGUCUUCAUUCUGGAUCAGAACGAUAACGCUCCAGUGAUCUUGUCUCCGAUGAGCGCUAACGGUUCUGCUGAAGGCGUGGAGGAGAUUCCCCGCAAUGUGAACGCAGGCCAUUCGGUGACGAAAGUGAGGGCCUAUGACGCUGAUAUAGGAUACAACGCCUGGCUCUCGUUCUCACUGCAGCACGUUCCCGACCCCAGUCUCUUCGGUUUGGAGCGAUAUACAGGAGACAUCAGGACGCUUCGCUCGUUCACGGAAACAGACGAGGCUGAGCAUAAACUGGUCAUACUGGUGAAAGACAAUGGGAAUAUUUCACUUUCUGCAACAGCAACUGUGAUCAUCACCGCCGUGGAGCCCAAAGAAGCAUUUGCAGCUUCUGAUAUUAAAAACACAGUAAAAACCGAGGAGGAGAACAAUGUAACUUUUUAUCUGAUAAUCACACUGGGGUCAGUUUCAGCGCUCUUUCUCCUGAGUAUUAUCGGUUUGAUAGUGAUGCAGUGCUCCAAACCUCCAGACUAUUCGUCCAAAUAUUGCCGGGACUCCAAUUACGCAGACACGAGCGGGAACGGGACACUGUGUCACAGCAUCCAGUACAGAUCCGGAGACAAACGGUACAUGUUAGUUGGACCCAGAAUGAGUAUCGGUUCUGCUAUUGGGAAUACUCUAGUCGUUCCAGAUCACAGGAGGAGAAUCUCAGGAGAGGUAAGGAUUUGUGUAUGGUUUGUGUAA